AAUGCACAUGUGUUCCUCGGAGAGUUCGAAGUGGCAGCUGAGCAUUAUCGAAGGACUCUCUGGCUCGCCCAGGAACUUGGUGACAGGGCAGUUGAAGCUCAGGCAUGCUAUUCGCUCGGAAACACGUAUACUUUGCUCAAAGACUACACGACUGCGAUUCAGUUUCAUUUGAGGCAUCUGAAGAUCGCUCAGGAAUUGAUGGACCGCGUAGGAGAAGGGAGAGCGUGUUGGAGUUUGGGGAAUGCUCACGCUGCGAUCGGCGAAAAUCAGACCGCGUUGAAAUACGCUCAAAAGCAUUUAGAGAUCUCGAAAGAUGAUUAG